AUGUCGUCUUCGCUCGCUCCAGCCCAUAGCACUGAGUCUUCGCCUGAUGAACUGGAGGAGCGGCUAAGGUUCUAUGUACGCCAGAUAAAGAGCUUAAGGAAGACCAGCCUCAUGUAUUCCUCUCCGGAGCUGAUGGAGAGAAUCAGGCAGGUGGAGAGGGACUAUGAGACUGCAGUAAGGCUGGUUUACUGCCGCCCACCUUUGCACACGCCAUGUCUGCAGGCCAAUUCUGCAGAGCAGCCCACGCCAGAUCCAGCUAUGGACACAGAGGCCCAAGACCCCGGGACACACCACCCCCCAAGCAGAGGUCCGACGGAGCCAAGGGGGCCAGGCCCCGGCAAGCAGCCACCGGUAGUGAGCCAUCACAAACCAAAGCACCCGUCCCCGGACACCGAGAACCACAACACAGGGGCACACCCCCCACAGCUGAGCUUCAUCCCCGAAAAGCCAAUGAAGCCACACCCACACAGUGCAAGCUCCACACACAGCCCCACUCCAAGCACCCUGCCACAUUCCCCCGACCACACAGCGGGCCGCGACCGCAAGACAAGGGCCUUAUGCAUCUCCACCCCAACCUCCAGCCACAGGCACAACAGGGCAGACACCACCGAGCACCGUGCCUACAAUGGAAACCCCAACCCCACACCAAGAUGGGACAAAUUCACCCGGCAAGAUGUCCCUGGCCAGGCACCCAGGGCCGGCGUCCCCCACCACACAAACACACCACAUUACUGCCACUGCAACGAUAGCCUUGGGAAAAACACCCCACAUGCUCCAGCCCCUCCACGCCACCCUUUAACCCGCCGCCUACUGCCAGCAGAGAAGCACACCGCCAAGCCCGCCCAACCAUCUGGCCAGUGCCAGCAGCCCCAGCCCGCCAGUCUAUGA